AAUCUUUGCGCAGGUGGUUUUGUAUUCGAGAAAAUGCUUACGACUGUCAAGUGGCAGUGUCAGUAAUGAUGGCAGGCGCGUAGGGGUUUUCUCAGGAUCAUCUGCUCUGGUGGGGGUUAUGCUGUCACCAUGGCAACCAGUGUCUGCGAUGUUUUAUCGGAUCUCGAAGAGUUGUUAGAAGGAAGGGCCAUAAAGCCUUCUGUGGUGGAUGCCGGGUGUGACAUAGCAGCAAGCUUCAUCCCAAAGACCAAGGAGAAUGUAUGCUAUAUUGUUGGAGCAGUCCUUUUUAAUGAUAAAGGCGAUGUUCUGAUGAUACAAGAGGCCAAAUCCUCCUGUCGGGGUCAGUGGUACCUCCCCAUGGGAAGACUGGAAAAGGGAGAAAGCCUGCUGGAAGGUGCACAAAGAGAAGUACUGGAAGAAAGUGGCCUUCAUUUUGUACCCACUACUCUUCUCUGUGUGGAGGUAGGAUGUGGUUCCUGGUACAGAUUUAUCUACACUGGCAAAGUUACAGGAGGCAAGUUAAAAAGUACCUCUGACGGAGAUAGUGAAUCUUUACAGGCUAAGUGGAUGAAGUAUGAAGAGGUUGUGGAUGCAAGGAAGCGAACCAUCACAAUCAGGGCCGGUGAUAUUUUUAAGCUGAUUAAGUUAGGCCACCGUAGGUACUCACAGUCUGAUGUCACAAAGCGAAUCCCCAAAUGUGUGGGAUCCUGCAAUCCUCAUAAACAGCUGCUCCUGCGACUCAUCCUGCUUCAGAAUGAUACUGAAGGGAAGAAGAAAGUUCUAGUGAACUCCAAGGAAGGGGAUCACUUCCCCCUGGGUGUGAUAGGUAUACCAGAUUUCAGCCUGGAUGUUGCACUGUCCAGAAUUUUACAAGCAGCCUUUGUCAGAAUUAAACAGAGGCCCCAGAUUUUUGGCGUCUUGGCCGUGGAGUAUUCUGGAAAACCACCCCGAAAAAACGACGGAGUCUGCUUUACAAUUUUGGCCCAGAGUUCAUCACAGGAACUGCAACUGUUAAAAGACACAGGAUUUCAUUGGCUUACAGUUCCACCUGGAGAUACUCUAGACAAACUAAAGUCUCGUUUAGAGAAUGUCUUAUUUAUACCUCUUUUACAGAUUUAAAUAUUUUUUGUGAGGUAUUGUGAGAGGGGGAAAAGUGUCGGCGUCAGUGUCCGGUUAAGCUUUUUUUUUAGCUCCUGUGUAUUGGGAUAUCAUACAUGGAUUGAAGGUUAGGCGUUU